AGUAACCUAACCACACAUCAAGCCAACUAAAUCUAAUACAACUUAACCAAACUUAACCUAACUUAAAGAAAGCUAACCUAACCUAACCACACAUGAAACUUUCACCUUCCAAGUCUGUCACGUGUAUCGAAAUUUAAGAUUAUAUAUAUUUUUUUUCAGAACAAGUGAGAUCGAAGUAUAACAACCUUCGGACUUACUUCAUGAAGGAGUACCGCAAGGUACAAGCAACCCCAAGCGGUUCAGUUAGCCACUAUACAUCAAAGUGGGAGUUAUUUGAUGUUCUGUCCUUUCUGAAGGACACAUUGAAUAACUAUACCACAAAGGCCAGUGAUUCCUUCAGAGCUGAGGCAAAUGCGACAGUAGACACCUUCUCCAUCGUCAUUCAUGAAGAUGGGACACAGGAGGCGUCCAUUGUAUCCCCCAGCAGCUCCUCAACUGCUUCAUCUUUAUACUCCUACACCUCAUCGCCAUCUUCCUGUACUAUUUCAUUACCUUCACCGUUGUGUGUAGGUAAUACAGCUGAAGUAGAGGCACCUUCACCAGUGGCAGGCAUUGCAUUACUGUCAACAGGAAUGACACCUGUUCACUCUUCUGGCAAGAGGAGGAGACAUGACGUAAACCACAUUGAGGAAGAGUGCAGAGAAGCCCUACAAAACCUAAAUGAGGCAAAUAAAGAAAAAGAUUAUUUCAGUUUCAGUUUUGGCAGGAUGGUGACGCACUGGAUGCGUGACCUGCCUUCUGCUGAAAGGAUGUCAGCAGCCUUUCAGCUAUUGGGAGUAAUGAAAAAUUAUAAUUCAAGGCAAAAUAUAUAAAGUUGUC